GUGCCGCGUUGCGCGGCCGGCGGGCGGCGCUGCGGCGGGCGCGGCGGGGCGGCCAUGGCGGCGGCACGGCCGGUGCGGCUCCGGGGGCGGCUGGUGCUGCUGCUGCUGCUGCUGCUGCUCGGCGCGGCGGGGCCCGGCGUGAGGGCGGCGCGGAGCCGCGGCGCCGACCGCCAGAACAGCCUCCGCCGCGCCGCCAGCGGCCUCUACCAGGGCGUCAGCGGCCUCUUCGGAGAGGACAACGUGCGGGCCCUGCAGAAGUUUUUCUCAAGGUUGACAGAGAGGUUUGUGAAUGGGGUGGAUGUAUUAAUGGACACAUUCUGGAGAAUAUGGACUGAUUUGUUAGAUGUUCUUGGAAUUGAUGCCUCCAACCUGACUCAUUAUUUCAGCCCAGCAGCCAUUGCCAACAACCCGACCCGCGCCCUCCUGCUGAUCGGUGCCAUUUUACUGGCCUACUGGCUUUUAUCUCUCUUCCUGGGAUUCUUCUUCUAUCUCCUGCACAUGCUGUUCGGCCGCUUCUUCUGGAUCGCCAGGGUGGCCCUGUUCACGCUGUCCUGCGUGUACAUCCUGCAGAAGUACGAGGGCGACCCCGAGCACGCCGUGCUGCCGCUCUGCUUCGUCGUGGCCGUCUACUUCAUGACGGGGCCCGUUGGGUUUUACUGGAGAAGGAACAGCAACAGCAGCCUGGAGGAGAAGAUGGAUCACCUGGAUAGCCAGAUCAGACUGCUGAACAUCCGCCUUUCCAGGGUGAUCGAGAACCUGGACAGGGGCAGCGAGCAGUGAGCCGGCCCCUGCCCGCCACCUACACCAGCUCCGGAGGGUUCCUAAGCACUGUCUCAUCCCAAGUUAUGAAGCAACAAAACAUCACAUGGUAAAAAGUGUGCAGAGUUAUAACUUUUCAUCGUGUCUAAGACUAAUUUAUCUAGGUUAAACACUCAGCCGUUAGACUUCUAGGAGAAAGAAAAAAAAAAAAACAUUUACAAAAUUCAGCUGUAUAUUCAGAGUUUUAUCCAGUACUAGAAUUUUCUCAGUAGAUAAACGCUUACUUUUACAAGCAUUUAAAAACAUCUUUUGUAAAGUUUUUAUAAAAGCAAAUUGAGUAGUCUUUCAGAUAUUGAAAUUGAGUUAAACAUAUGCAAAUUUGACACUUUAACAGUUAAAAAGAAAAAAAAAAUCUCAAGCUAUCAAGCACUUCCAUUGAGAAGUAACUGCUGUGGGUCCAUAUUUUUUCUUCAGAGUUGUGAAUGUUUUUGUGUUUUUGUUGGCUUAUUUCAUUGCCUUGAAGUUGCCUUUCAUAGAGUAUCAGAUGAGGAAUUUUCUGGUAUCCAGGCCAAAAAAUUCACACCAUAGCUUUUAACAGGAGGUGGGGAAUGAGGGAGAAGAAAGAUCUGAAAGUCCUUAAAGGCCAGUCCAGUGUGAGGAAGAGCAUGUGUGGCAUUUUAUCAUUGCAUUUCAUCCCGAGAACUUUAAUUUGUUAGUGUCUGGCAGGAAAUCUGGUUUAAUAAAUUGGCAGAGAAGGAAGAUGUAGUGUGACAAAUUGUAAUUCACAUUCGAUCUGCACAAUGAAGCAUUUUCCAAGCUUAAGUGCGUAGACUAAAACAUGAUUUUUAAUCUCAGGACCCACGUAGUUUCUCAGAAAAGGCAGCAGUUAAAACACGUGCAAAUGUAUUGUUGCUUAAAGCUUUCUCAGGACCAAUAAGCGGCAAUAAAUUAUCUUCAGGAAGAUCUGGAUUUUUUUCUAAAAUGAUAAUAGUUUUAUAGGAGCUUUUUGCUUGAAGUCUGUGUCCUCAUUAGGUUUUGGGCAAAGCGAGUCACCUUUAGAGGAGGGCGUAGGAAACGGUUCUCUUUCAGAGCAGUGGAGCUUUGAAGCAAUUUUAUUUUGCAGGAUUUCUGUAUUUCUUAGAACUAACGAGCUCGGUAGGGUAUCACUGGCUGUGCUGGUUUACUGAAACGCACUGAAGCAGAGGUAACCUCAGGGAAGGAAGUGUGGAAUGUGGUUUCACCUGGAAACAGCAGCAUCCAAGGACACAGAAGUGUGGAGGGAGGGGAAGCACCUACCCCUAGCGAUGAGCACAGUCCUGAUACCACGAGGGGUAGGAUGGAGCACAGCUGAAGCUCUCCAUAUUCCAUAGGGUCCAAACAACUGCAUCAAAAAGCGCAACAAAAAUUGGUCUGUGAUGGGGCCUGGCUGCAAAGCAGGGGAACGAGGAGGAGGAGGAGGUUCCCCAGGUGAGCCUGCCAGCGCCAGCUCUGCUGGGACAGGCUGGCCACAGCUUGUUCUUCCACUGGGCAAAGCUUUUGUUGGAUGUGAUGCUUAACUGAAUGUAACUGUGGGGCGGUUUUCUUUUUCUCUUUAUGCUGAAGUCUGAUGUUCUUCUUGAAAUGUGUGUGUUACUUGCCUAACCUCUUUGGGUCUGUGUGUGACAUUUCCACGGAGGUUAUUUUUAAAUCCAUGUUAAUGGCCUUGACUCCUGGUGAUCACUUCGGUUCAACAUGGUUGAAGUUCAUAUGCACUUGGCACGGUUGGAAUGCAUUUUGAUUUUUUAUGUCACCUGUAAAUCCCCCUGCUCCCCAUUUAUUAACAAGUACAUGGUUUAGAGUUGUUAAAUAACUGAUUAUCUCAACUUAAAAUCUUUCCUGUGAACGGAUAGGGACUAUGGCAAGAAAUAGUCCACUUUGUCAAGCUGAAAAUGUAAUUUAUAGUAAAUUCCUUUUUCCAGCUCAUUUUCCAUAGUAUUACAGAGUCUUCCCUGUGAACUCAGUUCUCCAUACAGUUGAGCACAGAGGACUGGGCUAAAACACCGACCUGGAAAUUAGGAAUUGACAAGUAAAGCUUGUCAGGUCUUGAUGUGUUUUGUCAAAUUUGAGACCUGAGGACCAAAGUCUGCAAACCUCGCUCAUGUCAGCGGCUCCAUCGCCUUGCUAGGACAACGUGCAUGGGUCAGUUUGCAUAGAUUGUAUUUUGUGUAAUCCAUAUUUAACGUUGAAGUUAAAAAUACUGGAUCAUUUAUAUAUUAAGAGGUGUCUAUGAUAAAGAUUUCUUUAAAAGUAUUAUAUAAAAAUUAAUUUGGAUUAUAGUUUCUCCCUGUCUCGCUCUAAUAAUUUAUCUUUGUUUUGUAAAAUCAGCCCUCCUAUAUUAAUACUCUUCAUUUUGAUCACCCUGUUGCUUGAAAAAUGGUAUUUUUAUAUUUACUUGCAUCCCAUGUAUAGCAAAAUAUUAUGUGAAAAGCAGUAUAUAUAAAAUUGGGUAUUUUUAAUCAGUAUUUUUCCCAGCACUCAGUUUUCACAUUAGUCAAAUUCAGAAGUAAUGAUUUUUUUAAAGCACAAUCUAAUCUUCAAUAUAUAUAUAUAUAAAUAUAUACUUUAAAAAUGCUCUGUAUUUUUAAACAUGCACUGUAGUGAAAGCGCUUUUGGGGACAUGAAUGUGGUAUUGUAUUUAACCUCUUUCAACUUUUGUAAAUACCUUUUACAAGUAUUUUCCAUACUGGGCCAUCUAGUUUACCCAUGGCGGUUUUUGCUGUUUUUUAGAGACCCGUGCCAGUGGCUGCACUGCUGUUGUAUCCCACAGAGCAUCCCAGAGAUGGGCAGGGCUCUGUGUCACCUGGGGACAAACCCAGCCUGCCAGGUGACACCUGCCUGGGGCACGGGUGGCACUGGGCAGCCCUGCCAGGUGACACCUGCCUGGGCAGGGGUGGCACUGGCAAUCCCAGCAGGUGACACCUGCCCCAGGCAUUGACAACCCCAACAGGUGACACCUGCCCGGGGCAGGGGUGGCACAACCCUCGGCAAGUGACACCUGCCUCAGAUGGGGUGGCACUGGGCAGCCCUGGCAGGUGACACCUGCCGCAGGCUCGGGUGGCACUGGCAAUCCCAGCAGGUGACACCUGCCCCAGGCUGGGGUGGCAUUGACAACCCCAACAGGUGACACCUGCCGGAGGCUGGGAUGGCACUGACAACCCCAACAGGUGACACCUGCCCGGGGCAGGGGUGGCACUGGACAGCCCUGGCAGGUGACACUCACCCCAGGCUGGGGUGGCACAACCCUGCCAGGUGACACCUGCCCAAGGCAGGGGUGGCACUGGACAGCCCUGGCCGGUGACACUCACCCCAGGCUGGGGUGGCACAACCCUGGCAGGUGACACCUGCCCAAGGCAGGGGUGGCAGUGACAACCCCAACAGGUGACACCCGCCCCAGGCUGAGGUGGCACUGGACAGCCCUGGCCGGUGACGCCUGCCCCAGGCUGGGUGGCACUGGACACCCCUGGCAGGUGACACCUGCCUGGGGCAGGGGUGGCAGUGACAACCCCAACAGGUGACACCCACCCCAGACUGGGGUGGCACUGGACACCCUUCUAGCUCCCCUUUUUGCCGUGACUUCCCAGAGCAGGGGAGCAGCUCAUGGUGCCCCGCAGGGAGCUGCUGCCGGGGCACAGGUGACACGGGGACAGCCCCACCUGGCUGCCUCGCAGGACGGACCCGCUCCUGGACCUCCCUGCAGCCCUGGAGACGCCGUCACUGUGGGAGCGGCUGGCACCAGCGCCGAGGACGGGCUGCGGCCACCCGGGAGCUCCGCAGAAUUCCCGUGGUUUUCCAGCCUUCGGAACCGCUGCAUUUCCCCGUGUUCGGCUCCCCUGGGCCCGCACGCCUGUAGAUAACCCAUGUGUCCUGUGGAAUGCGGCGCUUCCCGGCGGGUUUGGGUGUACAGACCUGGUGUAGCUCAGUGCUGUGCUAUAGCGCGUCCCUCUCCUCGUGAUUUGCUUCUCAAGACUCGUUGCGUCGUCGGUGUGGAAAAUAGACCAGUAUCAACCUUAGCUCUUCGGUGGUGUAGAAGUGUUUAAGUGUGGUUUGCCUCACAUACUGAUCUGUAUUUGGCAGCUAAUGGCAUUAAGUGACCAUGAGUUCUCUUUGUCUGGGUUGGAAAAUUAAAGGUUUUAUUGUAUCCGCAUGUAUUUUAAACUUUUUGGAUAAUUCCAUCGACCUGUGAUGACAGCACAUGUAAAAAACGAUCUUUUCCUUUUAUUCAGAAGUUAUAUUUGCUGUGGUAGCAGUUGUUGUUGGCACUGAUGGUAGUGAUUUCACAUCCUGUUUUGUACAUCAGGUUUCACGAUUACAGUGUUUAAGUUUGUACAAUUGUUUAUGUAAAAAUGAUUUGGUCUGAAGAGAUGCUGUGUGUUCACUUCUGAUCCUAGACACAUACGAGAUCCUACUGAUAAUACUGUUAAGUAGUUACAACUGUACCAGACUUAUUUUUUACAGAGCUUUACAUGCCUUUAUUUAUUCCUUUAUCGGACCAUCCAAACCAUGUACUCCGUAGUUCAGUAUUUGUAGACCAGUUUCACCAAUCAACUUAAAGGCAUUGUGGCAAAAGCUUCGAAUAAAUGUUUACUGAGACUUUGCACUGA